CAGCCAUCCAUCGUCAAACACCACCAUUGACUGUCUCGCUCUGUUUCUCUCUCUCUCUCUCUCUGUUUUCUCGCACUUUCUCUCUGAUUUCUCAUGGGACGCAUAACAAAUCUCAGAGAAUUCAUAGGCAUAAUCAAGGAUAAGGCCUCUCAAAGCAAAGCGGCAGUACUCUCAAACCCCAAAAAUAUAACUCUCCGCUUAGCAAUCCUCAGAGCCACCACACAUGACCCCUUCAAUCCUCCCAAUCAAAAACACCUCAAUACCCUCCUCUCUUACGGCCACAGCUCACGCGCCACCGCUGCAGCAGCUAUUGAAGCUCUCAUGGACCGCCUCCAGACCACGCGUGACUCCUCCGUUGCUCUCAAGUGCCUAAUCACCGUCCAUCACAUCAUCAAACAUGGCAGCUUCAUAUUACAAGAUCAACUCUCUGUUUACCCUUCCGCUGGCGGUCGAAAUUACCUAAAGUUGUCUAAUUUUAGAGAUCAUACCUCUCCAUUGACGUGGGAGCUCUCUUCUUGGGUUAGAUGGUAUGCUCUGUACCUUGAACAUCUCUUGUCCACAUCAAGAAUCUUGGGCUUUUUCCUCUGCUCAACGUCGAGCACGAUAGAGAAAGACAAAGAAGAAGAGAAAGUCUCAUCACUCACAAACACUGAUUUGCUGAGAGAACUUAAUUCUCUGGUCAGUUUGCUAGAGGAGAUAUGCAAAAGACCCGAACUUUUGCACAUUCAUGGCAACAAAUUGGUGGACGAGGUAAUGGGUUUGGUGGGUGAGGAUUAUUUGUCAUCAAUAAACGAAGUUUGGGUCCGAGUCAAUGAGGUGAGUCAGAGACUGAGUUGCCUGAGUUUCGGAGAAUCGGUCGAGUUGGCUUGUGGAUUGAAGAGACUUGAGGAUUGUAAAGAGAAGUUGUUUGUGUUGUCAACAAGAAAGAAAGCUUUGAUUGAGACUCUCUGGGUUUUGAUUGUUGAGAUGAAGGAUGGGUUGAGCAGGGCUUGUGUUGAAGAUAGGAGAUUGGUAGUCAUGGGAACAAGAGACAGAGUAAGUAAGUCAGCUCGGUUUGGGGACCGAGUUGUGAGUUAUGGUGACUCAGUUUCAUUAGCUUCAGGGAAAUUUGGGUUUAGUAAUAGAUUUAUGUUUUCAAUUCAAGAAUCCGUUCAGUCUUGUGCGUGAUGAAAGAAUCUUGAAAUGUACACAUUUUGGAAGCUUUAUGUUACUCGUAUCUCUUACAUCAAAUUCUAUUUUCGUAAAAAUGGUAUUUUUAAUGAUAUUCAUUUUCUUAUUUUGUAAAA